AAAAAAGUCCGUGAUGUGAUUGCAUCUGCAUUACGAAAGUUUUCCAGCAUUAUGAAAGUUUUGGCCAACGCAAAAAUUACAUAUCGAUACGUAGACACCCAGUCGGUGCCACUGGGGUACUUGAAACGUCCAGUAGACAUCACUGGU